AUGGCGGCAGAGCCCGGGCGUUCGUGGACUCAGGCGCGCACUGCCUACGGCGUUAGAGAGGCGCUGAGAUGUCCGCGCCCCGGGCCGCCUGCUCGCCUGCGCGGCCAGCUGCGGGCCGAGGCGGGGGGGCGGGCCGAGGCACCGCGGCUGAUGCGGGUGGUGGAGCGCGCGCGGGCGCGCGAGCCGGGGCGGCGGGGCCCAGCGAGAGGAGCGACGCUCGCAGCGGCGGCGGCUCGGUGUGCUCGGUGUGCGGGGAGCCGCGCGGCGGCGCCACCUACCCCGCGGCGUCUUGGAGUGAGCGAGCGGCGGCUGCAGGAGGGGCUGGCGGCCGUGCGCGCCGAGCUGGGCGCGGGGCUCGAGGCCUGCGCGCGCGAGCUGCGGACCGAGCUGGACGCCCUGCGCGCCUUGCUGCCACCGCCGGCGCCGGCGCCACCCGCCCGCCGUGAGCCCCGCGGUCCCGCCCUGCUGCGGGCGCUCGGCACCGUGAACGCGUUGGUUUCGGCUCCAGGGCCGCGGAGAACGGUCCCGACGCUCCCGCGGACGGCCUGGCGAACCGAGCCGCUGCCCGGAAAAACUACAAGAAAACCCCAGUGCCUUCAGCGGCUGCGCAAGGCGGAGGAGAUUGAGGGGCUCCGGUGUCCCCAGAAGGGGGCAAAUUGGCUGAUGUACGGUCCUCCUACAGACCCCCCAGAUGCCAAUGAUGCUCCAUUAUUUAAAGGGUGGGCGGCAGAGGCUGCGUAG